GCAAAGUUUGACGCGCUGACUUUCAUAGCGCAGACGCUUCAGACAGACAUUGGUAAACUAUUCGGGAAAUCUCCCAGUGACUGAACAGAAUUUUUUGGCUAUACAGCGAUAAGAAGGUCGGCGCCUAUAAUCUCAAGUCUGGCCGUGAGUGGUGCUAUAUUAUCCUCCACCUGCACUGAGCCGUUUCGGAGUUUUGCUCUCGGCGUCUGUGGUUUAACUUAGGGAGACGGCAAACACUUAGGAUAUUUUGGCACUUUGGCACAGGACGGGACUCCGUGUGCGCCAGGCGUCAGGCUUAGGAGUCAACAAGUGGCUCUCAUUUCGGAAUAGGGGAGAGAUAUUAUGAAAGCUCGAAGUCGCUGAAUAGAAAGUUAGUUUAGACACAAACCUUUUUUGUCGCGGGGGUAUCUUUCAUUUGACUGACACUGGAAGAGGACAAUCACUAUUUUUUUUAUUAUUAUUGUUUUUUGUUUUUUUUUAAGCGUGUAGGAGUUUGUUGUCACCAUGUGUGGACCAGUGGUUUUCCAGAUGUGGAUGUUUUUAUUGUUGGGGACUAUAACCGGGGUCGGGAGGGCUCAGGUCUCCACAGCCAAGGUGAUGAGGGGCAACAUCAGGAGAGACGGUGGAGGAAGAUUUACUCCUGGCAUGAAAGGGACAGCCAGGAACCUGGUCACUCCAUCUUGCCCUAUCACAUCAAACCCUGACUUGUACCGCAAAGAGGAAAACAUCACAGUAACGCCAAUGGGUGGAGUCAUCCACAGCCCACGCUACCCUAAUGCUUACCCCCGCAACCUGCUGUUGUCAUGGAAACUACUGUCACCGCCAGGGAGCCGCAUUCACCUGGAGUUUGACGGACAGUUCGGCCUGGAGGAGGCUGAGAAUGGAGUGUGCAGGUAUGACUUUGUUGAAGUGGAGGACCAAUCAGAGACCAGCACUAUAAUUUGGGGUCGCUGGUGUGGGCAGAAAGCUCCACCUAGUCUCAACUCUAAAACCAACACGCUCAGAGUCACCUUCAAGUCUGAUGAUUACUUUGUUGCAAAGCCAGGAUUCAAAGUCUACUACUCACUGCUGUAUGACUCUCCUCUACCUGCGGCCAACACUAACUGGGAAGCUGUCACUAUGCCCAUGUCGGACAGUGGUGGAGGGCAGAUGGCAGUCACGGUCACAGAGGUUCCUUUGUCCCUGGAGGAUCUGGACCGGACCAUAGCUGCCUUUGACACUAUAGAGCAGCUUCUCAGAUCCCUGAACCCAGACACCUGGAGACAGGACCUGGACAGCAUCUACACUCAAACACACAUACAUUAUAGAUCUAGGGCCUAUCAUCUGGCAAGCAGACACAAUAAAGUUGAUCUGAACCGUCUCUAUGAUGACGUCAAACGGUACAGCUGUACCCCGCGCAACUACUCUGUAAACCUGCGCGAGGAGCUGAGGGCCACCAACGCUGUCUUCUUCCCUCGAUGUUUGCUGGUCAAACGCUGCGGAGGCAAUUGUGGCUGUGGAACUAAUAACUGGAACCACGGCUGCACCUGUCAGGCCUCCAAGACGACGCUAAAACUACACGAGGUGCUGAAGUACGCCCCAGAGGUCACUUUGCAUCAGCGCCAUCGGAGGCCGCAGGUGCGUUGGGUCAUAGAUGAGAUCUUCCUCACACACCAUGAAAUGUGCGAGUGUGCAUGUCCAUUCCAGCCCCCUCGCUGAGACACUCAAGACUGGCACAUGCAUCUGGAACUGUUGGACAAGUUCUUCUUUUAUCUAUUUUGCAACAGACUUAAUAUAAUAACAGUAACGCAGACACAUGCAGCAAAGAAGAAAGCAACAAUUUGACUGGCAAACUGCAGCUCAUAUCAUACACAUUGGCAUUUCCUCAGUACACAGGCCAAACUUGUAUUUGCAUAAAUGUUUCCAGCCAAAAAUAUUUGUUAUUCAACUUUCCUGCAAUCUGGAGUUUAAAUCUCAACUGUUUAGACCAAAUUUAAAAAUCAGUUGUGCACCAAGCGUUAAAAUAACAGCAGACCUUUUUCAGAGGAAUUCACUUUCAAUUCAUUUCAAUUUUUUUCCUCCAAAGAAUAAAUACUGAAAAACAUUUGGACGUUUAAUGGAUGCCAAAUUGAUAGAAUUGAAAUAGAAUUGACUUAGACUGCUAUGUAAACAGUUUUUUAUUCCUUUCACAUGUAUGUCUCUCUUCCUGUUAUAAUAAGACUGUUUCUAGAAACUUCAGGCACUUCUUCUGCCAGGAACAUGCCGAGAUCAGUAAGCGUGAGAUAGAAGGAAGGAGGCAGAGGACUUGGAGGAAGUGUAAACCAAAAUAACACUUUAUCUUGAUGUGAAAUUAGGCUAACUAUAACCCUCCGGAUCUGAAUUGCACACUAACACACUCACACACAUGCUCACUCUAGGCUUCCACUCCUACUCAAAGACAAAAACUGUAGUUAUUUAUGCUGAAUUCUUCGCUGCUCUAUUUUCCAGUGAAGGGCUCCUUUGGUUUUGCACACAUUCCUGUCUGAUUAUAUUCAUGCUUCCCUUUGUCUGUACCUCCACUUCCUGCUCAUUUUCUUUCUCUCUCGUCGACUCCAUCUCUAACACACACACUCUUUCUCACUCCCUUCAUCACUCACUCUCUAACACAUCAAAGGAGAUGUCAGAUCAGGCCGCUGUGCUCUGCCCAUUUUUCUGAACAUUCCUGGCAUUCCACUGCUAACCGGAAUUCUGCUAGCAUGGAUAAAACCACAAUCUUCAGACACUAAACACAUAACAGGGGGAAAGACGCUCAGGAAGAGAGACAAAGAGGAAGUUUUUUAGGAGAGGUGGCUGACAGAAAGGACAAUCAAGCUUCCAAUUUGUAGAUUACCAGCAGUCCUGGAUGAGAGCUGAGAGAGGAACAACUUUCAAGAUAUAACAAAGAAAAUCAGCAUGUCCUGCUUUUUUGGCAAGCAGCCUUUUUCUUUUAUGUAUCACAUUCUAACCCUCUGCUCUGCAUGUCUGCAGCAGCACUACAGUGAAAAAGAGAUCUGUGGGAAUUAGAGUAAUGCUGUUGGUCCCUGCUGAAAAUACAACUGAUACUUGAGAGUGUAUGUG